AUGUCCCCUACCCUGCUUCCCCCCAUCCCGUUCCCUGCUCCCCCCCAUCCCGUUCCCUGCUUCCCCCCAUCCCAUUCCCUUCUUCCCCCCAUCCCAUUCCUUGCUUCCCCCCAUCCCAUUCCCUGCUUCCCCCCAUCCCAUUCCCUGCUUCCCCCCAUCCCCGUCCCUGCUUCCCCCCAUCCCCUUCCCUGUUUCCCCGUAUCCCCUUCCCUCUUCCCCCCAUCCCCUUCCCUACUUCCGCCCAUCCCAAUCCCUGCUUCCCCUCAUCCCCUUCCCUGCUCCCCCCCAUCCCCUUCCCUGCUUCCCCCAAUCCCCUUCCCUGCUUCCCCCCAUCCCGCGCCCUGCUUCCCCCCAUCCGGUUCCCUGCUUCCCCCCAUCCCUUUCCCUGCUUCCCCCCGUCCCAUUCCCUCCCCCCCAUCCCGUUCCCUGCUUCCCCCCAUCCCCUUCCCUGCUUCCCCCCAUCCUGUUCCCUGCUUCCCCCCAUCCCAUUCCCUUCUUCCACCCAUCCCAUUCCCUGCUUCCUCCCAUCCCAAUCCUUGCUUCCCCUCAUCCCCUUCCCUGCUCCCCCCCAUCCCGUUCCCGGCUUCCCCCCAUCCCGUUCCCUGCUUCCCCCCAUCCCAUUCCCUUCUUCCCCCCAUCCCAUUCCCUGCUUCCGCCCAUCCCAAUCCCUACUUCCCCUCAUCCCCUUCCCUGCUCCCCCCCAUCCUGUUCCCUGCUCCCCCCCAUCCCGUUCCCUGCUUCCCCCCAUCCCCUUCCCUGCUUCCCCCCAUCCUGUUCCCUGCUUCCCCCCAUCCCAUUCCCUUCUUCCACCCAUCCCAUUCCCUGCUUCCUCCCAUCCCAAUCCUUGCUUCCCCUCAUCCCCUUCCCUGCUCCCCCCCAUCCCGUUCCCGGCUUCCCCCCAUCCCUUUCCCUGCUUCCCCCCAUCCCAUUCCCUGCUUCCGCCCAUCCCACUCCCUGCUCCCCCCCAUCCCCUUCCCUGCUUACCCCAAUCCCCUUCCCUGCUUCCCCUCAUCGCCUUCCCUGCUUUCCCCCAUCCCGUUCCCUGCUUCCCCCUAUUAA